ACGCCCCUGGGGUGUAUGGGGCUCCUCCAGCGUCUCCUGGCCCCCAUCCCAGAGCCCAGGGACAUUGGCAUUCAGACCCUGGCUCUUGUUGUCUGGCCAGCGGGGGCAGGAGGUGGGAACUGGCUGGUUGAGGGCCUGGGAGUGGGUGGUCAGCGUCUCCCCGCCCUUGCCAGCCUUGGUGACGUUCUGCCCCCAUGGUGGCACGUCGGGGAGGCUGGUGCAAGCGCGCUGGGCACCUCAGAGAAAUGGGGUCACGAGCUGAGGCCACUGGGGAAGGAGGUAUUUCUGGCGGAGCAGGUGCGGCCUGUGCUGGCCUCCUGGCAGCUGAGCCCAAGGUCUUUUCAGCCACCCUGGCGCGAGCGGUGUGACUUCGAUAUUUCUGGAAAGUGGAAGGGAAAGGGAGCUGCAAGUGCUGAGUCGCCGAGUCCAGGCGAACGUGCCCGAGCCUCUGCAUCUGUGAAGCGGGUGGAGAUUCUGGACGCGAAGACGCGAGAGAAGCUGUGCUUCCUGGACAAGGUGGAGCCCCAUGCCACCAUUGCCGAGAUCAAGAACCUCUUCACCAAGACCCAUCCACAGUGGUACCCUGCCCGCCAGUCCCUCCGCCUGGACCCCAAGGGCAAGUCCCUGAAGGAUGAGGACGUCCUGCAGAAGCUGCCUGUGGGCACCACGGCCACACUCUACUUCCGGGACCUGGGGGCCCAGAUCAGCUGGGUGACGGUCUUCCUGACCGAGUAUGCGGGGCCCCUUUUCAUCUACCUGCUCUUCUACUUCCGGGUGCCCUUCAUCUACGGCCACAAGUAUGACUUCACGUCCAGCCGGCACACGGUGGUGCACCUCGCCUGCAUCUGCCACUCAUUCCACUACAUCAAGCGUCUGCUGGAGACGCUCUUCGUGCACCGCUUCUCCCACGGCACCAUGCCCCUGCGCAACAUCUUCAAGAACUGCACCUACUACUGGGGCUUCGCCGCUUGGAUGGCCUAUUACAUUAACCACCCUCUCUACACACCCCCCACCUAUGGAGCUCAGCAGGUGAAACUGGCCCUCGCCAUCUUCGUGAUCUGCCAGCUUGGCAACUUUUCCAUCCACAUGGCCCUGCGGGACCUGCGGCCAGCUGGGUCCAAGACCAGGAAGAUCCCAUACCCCACCAAGAACCCCUUCACCUGGCUCUUCCUGCUGGUGUCCUGCCCCAACUAUACGUACGAGGUGGGAUCCUGGAUUGGCUUUGCCAUCAUGACACAGUGUCUCCCAGUGGCCCUCUUCUCCCUGGUGGGCUUCACUCAGAUGACCAUCUGGGCCAAGGGCAAGCACCGCAGCUACCUGAAGGAGUUCCGGGACUACCCGCCUCUGCGCAUGCCCAUCAUCCCCUUCCUGCUCUGAGCCGCUGCCGGCUCCCAGGCUCCACCAAGCCAGGCUCUUCCUCUGUCCCAGCAGCAUUCCGGGGGAGGAGGGGGGGCCACCACUGUCCGGCGCUUGGAAUAAAACCUGCCUGCCCCUGCCAGACUUGG